AUGUGCAAUGUCAAGAAAAUGCCUAAGGAGAAGCCCCAGCACGCUAUGGUUCAGGAAAAAGAUUUAGACAAAAAAAGGCACGUCGAGCUGAAGAUGGAUCAGGCUUUGCUGCUCAUCCAAAAUGAACUCCUUGGAACAAGCUUGAGUGUCUACUGGACUUCCGAGUGCUGUUAUCACUGUUUGUAUCAGUCUUUGGUGAACGUUUCAAGGAGUGGGAAGCCGGGGAAGCCUAGCGUGGCCGCCGUGGCGGUGAGCACCCAGCAUGGCUCAGUGCUGCAGCUCAACGAGACCCUGGGAGAGAAGCACGUUUGUAGGCUGGAAUACAAAUUUGGAGAAUUUGGGAACUACUCUCUGUUGGUCAAGCGCCCCAGUAAUGGAGUCAGUGAAGUUACUUGUGACCUAGUUGUCAAUAACAAGCCAGUCGACAGUAAUCUUCCUGUGACCGUCGCCUUCCUCACCGGUCUCGCAGUCAUCAUCGCAGUAUCCCUUCUCAGAUUCCUACUGAGCUUGGAUGACUUUAAUGAUUGGAUUUCUAAAGCAAUACAUUCUCGAGAAACUGAUCGCCUCAUCAAUUCUGAGCUAGGAUCUCCCAGCAGGGCAGAUCCCCUCUGUGGAGACCCCCAGCCGGAAGUGUGGCGCCCGUCUUCUCCCCCGCUUCGCCUCCGCUGUGUAGACACCUUCAGGGGGAUUGCUCUCAUACUCAUGGUCUUUGUUAAUUACGGAGGAGGAAGAUACUGGUACUUCAAGCAUGCGAGUUGGAAUGGACUGACGGUGGCUGACCUGGUCUUCCCGUGGUUUGUAUUUAUCAUGGGGACUUCCAUUUUUCUGUCAAUGACUUCCAUACUGCAGCGGGGGUGCUCCAAAUUCAGACUGCUGGGGAAAAUUGCCUGGAGGAGUCUCCUCCUAAUCUGCAUGGGAAUCGUCAUUGUGAAUCCCAAUUACUGCCUUGGUCCAUUAUCCUGGGAUAAGGUGCGGAUUCCUGGCGUGCUGCAGCGGCUAGGGGUCACGUACUUGGUGGUCGCCUUGUUAGAGCUCCUCUUUGCUAAGCCCGUGCCUGAAAACUGCACCUCGGAAAGAAGCUGUUCUUUCCUCCGGGACAUCGUGACCAGCUGGCCGCAGUGGCUCUUCAUUCUGAUGCUGGAAAGCAUUUGGCUGUGCCUGACAUUCUUCUUGCCCGUUCCUGGUUGCCCUACGGGUUACCUUGGCCCCGGCGGCAUCGGAGAUUGGGGGAAGUUUCCCAAUUGCACCGGAGGAGCUGCGGGCUACAUUGACCGUGUGUUGCUGGGAGAUGACCACCUCUACCAGCAUCCUUCUUCCGCGGUGCUGUACCACAGCAAGGUAGCCUACGACCCCGAAGGCAUCCUGGGGACCAUCAAUUCCAUCGUGAUAGCAUUUUGGGGCGUCCAGGCAGGAAAAAUACUGUUGUAUUAUAAGGAUCAGACCAAAGACAUCUUGAUGAGGUUUGCCGCCUGGUUCUGUAUUCUAGGGCUUGCUUCUGUCGCUUUGACGAAAGCCUCUGAAAAUGAAGGCUUUAUCCCAGUGAAUAAAAACCUCUGGUCCCUCUCGUAUGUCACCACGCUGAGCUCCCUUGCCUUCUUCAUCCUGCUGGUCCUGUAUCCUAUUGUGGAUGUGAAGGGGCUGUGGACAGGAACCCCGUUCUUUUAUCCAGGCAUGAAUUCCAUUCUGGUGUACGUGGGCCACGAGGUGUUCCAGAACUACUUCCCCUUCCAGUGGAAGCUGGGGGAUAACCAGUCCCACAGAGAGCACCUAACGCAGAACCUUGUCGCCACCGCCCUCUGGGUGUUCAUUGCCUACGUGCUCUACAAAAAGAAGGUCUUCUGGAAGAUCUGACCACUAGACUGGAGCGGGCCUGGGAGGUGUCUUGAGACCCCCUUAUUAAAGGGAAUCAUUCAUUCUGAAGUCAGUAAGGUGUAUAGUUCCAAUACUGUGACAUGGCGCACCAGAGCUUCACCUACAGCUGUCACUGACAUGCCUGCAAUAGCAGUGUCUUUUCCCCGCCAGCUUCUAUAUAAAUGGAAGUACUUGGAGAUUCAUUUUAAGGAGACGAUGUCAUUUAACUUUCCAAAAGGGAAUGAAUGACCCUGGACAUCUUGCUUUUGUGAUGGACAAGGCAAUCUAAGGUCCGCUCCCUGCCGGCCUGGUUUUCUUGCAAACAGUAGUUCCAUACAGCACCGUCGUUUCUGUUGUGGCCGACUGUAGAGCUUAUUGAGUGUGAUGUGCCACUAACAUAGUCUCAAACGUUGCCUCUAAGUGCAGCUGAUGGUUCAAGAAAGCCAGAGCAAUUUCCUCUUGGAUUUGCAAGGCGUCGAUGGGUCUAAAUGAGGCCUAUCAGAAGCCGCGGUCUCCUCUUCCCCACUGGGGAAACAAAUGUUCAAGUGUGGCUGUAUGUCCCAACCACUGUUGCUUAGAAUGAUCUGCUGAUCUAUCUAUAGGUCCAUCUGCCCAUCUAUUUAUCUCUCCUCAUCCAUCCAUCUAAUCGCGUGCCCAUUGAGAGGGCAGCUGGGUAGUCGAGGAUCUAACUGGGGGAGGACAGGACACUGCUCCUGUGGGUAGGCCCAGCCUGGCCGUCACCAUGGAAGAUGUUGAGCGUCUCCCUGGGCCUGCGUGUCCUCAUCUGUGAAAUGAGGGGGCUGGAGAUGACCUCCCAGGUUUCCUUUUGCCCCGAACCUGGGUGAAGUAGGAUUCAUGAGUGGCUUUUCUGACAUCCUCAGAAAAAAACCAUUUUAUUUCAGACUACUUCUGCACAUUAACUGAGAACAGUUAAAAACACAUGAAACUCUCAUGGGAGUAAAUCAGUGACUCUCCACAGUGGAGGCACCUGUCCUGCUCGCCCUCACAAGCUGGAGAGAGAGUUUCUCAGGAGGAACGGCACGCUCCAUAUGAUGCAUCUUCCUACCUGCAGGUUGCCUGUGAGCAUUCCAUCAUUCAGGAAGCUGGGACAGUAAGGGUGUACUCGAGACCACCUUCCGUCGCGAGGGUGCCAUUUCAACCUGUUCCUGUGCCUCAGCGGGUGUCAAACAUGACUCCCGGACUGUCCUCUUCUGGACUCUCAUGCCACUUUCCUCACACUGGACCCCCUAGCUGGAUGUCCGCCGCAUCCCACGCUCAUCAGCUUCCCGCUUCUCCCCAGACCCACUUCUCCACACUCAUUUUCCAAGCUCUCUGAAUGGAUCAUUCCGGUUCUAGGACAGAACUGUCAUUGUCUUUCCACUCACCUCCUCUGCCCUUCCUUCGUCUGUAACCCCUCAUGGCCACGCCUUCUCAAUUUGACCUCCAUCUUCCCCUCCAUGUCCACUCCAGCGGAGGCCUCACUCCUCUCGUCCCCACUCUCAGAACCAGUUUUAGAUAAAGUCACCUACUCGGUGCCGCCAGGUGGAACUGUAUAAAGCAGACCCUGGGUCACAUCACCCCUCUUUAAACCUUCCCGCUGAGGUGGGAACACCCCUGCUUGGUACAUGUCAGUCACCAUGCGGAGUGGAGCCUGGCACGCCUUCCCAGCCACCUUUCCCCACCUCCUUUAUUCCAACCCCGCCGCACCCGCCACCUCCUUUCUAGAGCUCGUGCUUCCUGCUUCUGACUUUGUUCAGAAUCGUCCGGGAUUAAUUUUUCUUUUAGAUAACAUUUGACGUAUUAAUCUAAACACCUGAAUCCUAAGGAGUCUUCUCUAAUCUCUUAUUUUCAUAGGAAAAAACAAAGGCUUUACCUUCCGCGUGGUUCUCAUCACAGGUGGGUCCGGCAUUGACCGCUUUCUGCCCUGAGAAGCUAUCCGUAUACAUGUCUCAUUUCCUCCGCCGGGCUGUGAUCUUAGGGCGAGAACAAUGUCCGGUUCGCCUGUAUAUUCUCCAUGGCGCCAAACACACUGCCUUGGACGUAGCAGGUGUGAAAUAAACACUUAUUAAACCGGCA